AUGGAGCGGCUGACGGCUCCCCCCGGAGGCGCAGCGGCCGUCGACGACUACCUGGAGUACCGCAGAAUUGUGGGUGAGGAUGAUGGAGGGAAACUUUUUACUCCUGAAGAAUAUGAAGAAUACAAAAGAAGAGUUUUACCUAUGCGCCUCCAGAACAGAUUGUUCGUGAGCUGGCGAUCACCGACUGGAAUAGAUUGUAAACUUGUGGGCCCAGAGACACUGUGUUUUUGUGGACACAGGUAUAAACAACAUAAAACUGACUUUGAAACGAUUCCAGAGCAGCGCCCCAUCAGUCUGGCUUGCCGAGUGACUGGCUGCCAGUGCGGGGCUUACCAUUAUGUCCCUAUGAAUGGUGCGCAGCCCAUUCGAUGCAGGUGUAAGCACUUUGCCGAUCAGCACAGUGCCUCGCCUGGCUUUAUGUGCAAUACCUGUUCCAAAUGUUCAGGAUUCCACAGUUGCUUCACUUGUGCUUGUGGUCAGCCUGCGUUUGCCCACGACACAGUAGUGGAAACUAAGGAAGAAAGACUGGCUCAAGGAAAACCAGUGGGACGGGAUGUUCCUUAUGCAGCAAUGGGAGGAUUAACUGGCUUCAGCUCACUGGCAGAAGGCUACAUGCGGUUAGAUGACAGUGGAAUUGGUGCACCUUCAGCGGAAUUUUUAGAUUCUUCAGAUACGGCCAUGGACCACCCAUUUCUAAAAGCAUUUCAAACAUCAUCUAGUUCUUUUCCAGAAAGACGAACAGAUGUAGGUACAAGUCAUCAAGUUUCUUCCUUAAGGAGACCUGAAGAGGAUGAUAUGGCUUUCUUUGAAAGACAAUACCAGGAAAGGAUAAAAAUGGAAAAGGCUGCUAACCAUAAAGGAAAAGCACCAUUGCCAUCAAAUAAAAAAACUUCAUGAAGAUUAUUGGGGAAAUUAAAAUUAUCAUAC